AUGGACUUGUUGAUAGCUUCUACUGGUGGUAGUAGCGAGUAUGAUAUGCGAGAGACGCCCGUGAGGCAGUUGGCUUCUCCGGAUCCAUUUUCUUUGUCGACGUCGCACAGUUUCUCUAAAAGAAUUCGAAGAGCUCCGUUUAAAGCUGAGAAUUAUGGAAAUAAGCGACAAGAAGAUCGUGAGAAAAUGCAUGAAGCUGAGUUAUUGAGACAAGAGGUUGCGCAGUUCACUAGCAUAAAGCCGAAACUACAAGGUUGA